UUUGUUUCAAGGAGUCAUAAAAUAAUGUCAAGAAGAAAAAAUAUACAAAAUAUUCGGCGGCUGAACAAUAAUAUUCUAAAAAAAUGGUAAUAAACUAUUAUCUGAAAGGAAUCACUUUAGUUAGUUCGAUUUCAAUAAAAACACGUAACUUUUCAUCGACCUUAACGACGACGGUAAAAUCAGAUCGAAUAAACGCUCUUAGAAAACAAUACGAUGCCUUCUUGGAAGAAGACAAGAGACGGAAAGAACGGAAUGAAUAUAUUUUGGGGAGACUGGACAAAAUGCGAUACUGCACAGCAGUGGUUCCCCUUCGGCAUAAGCCUACAAUUUUCAUAGAUCGCAGAGAUAAUUUUAGUUCAUCAUCAAGUUUGUCGCAAUUGAAUAAAAGCUCCUUAGAUGUACCAAAGCAAUUCGAUGAAACGAUAUUCCUUCAAGAAAUAACUAAAAAAUACAUACUUAUUCCAAAAAUUAGACCUAGUAAUGAAGCUGCUAAUAUUUCGAUUCCAACUUUAAAACCAACAUUUGAAGAAAAUGGAGAUUGGAAAAGUAAGUACGAGAUUUUGGAGCAACUAAAAAAGGGGGAAAAGGAACCAGAUGCGUCAGUCUUUUGCCCUGAGUUUUCUGAACAAAAUACAUAUGAUAAUUUGCAAGAACCAGAUGUUCAAAAAUAUUAUGACCACAAUAUUGAUCAGUCAAAACUAUCAUACAAAUAUGAGCUGCCAGAAAAGGACAAAGAUGACAAGCAUUGCACCGAAGCACAAAAGAACUUUGAAGCAUUUGCAGAACAUAGUACUAAUGCAUUGUCCAAUAAUCAGGUAGAUCAAAGUCUGAUUGAAGAACCCCUAAUCAACACAAAUACAGUCGAUUCUCUUCCCCAAAAUAAUUUCGAAUUUAAUAAUAAUCGUGAACAAUUGGAAACACAUUCAUAUCUCGAAAACCAAACAAAAUGUACUCCGACUUUGAAUCCUGAACCUGCUUCUAUAGAUGAAAAUAUUGAGCACAAUAUCCCUCCGAACUACUCUUCGGGAAAUGAUGAUGAAAGGGAUACACCAGCUACGGUUAAUACGCAAUAUACACCAGUUGAAGAAGAUAAAGACACUGGAGACACUGAAAAGUAUUAUCCUGAAGACAUGCAGUCUGUUGAAGUUAUUCAUCCCGAUGAUUUAGUAAAACAAAUCAACGACACAGUAAAACCAAUUGCAGCUUCAGCAAGUACAGAAAAUUAUCAGUAUCCAAUUCAAACAGUUGAUGUACAAGAUUUCACGCCAGAUAGUCAAGCGGUACUACAAGAUGGUGGCAAUAUCAAUCCAGAAGGAUAUCCUGCAGAGUUGUCCAAUGCAUAUGCAUUAGAAAACAGUAACCCUACAUAUGAAUAUGACUGUAGUUCUGAAGUCAUAUCCCAUAUUGAGAAUACUACAGAUACUUCUGGCAUUGAAGCAUUUGAUGCUGAACAAAGAGAGAUGUUUUAUUCCGAAGGAACUAACGAAAAUUACGGUUACAAUCAAGACAACAUGGUAGAAGUUUAUGAUCAGGAAUUACCUGUGCAAGGUGCUGACUAUUCACAAGCUGAAGCAGUGUAUUAUGAAGGCUAUGACGCGGAGCAAGUAUAUCCUGUCGACACAGGUGAACAUGAAGAUACAAAUCAGCGCUACGAUCCACAUUACGAACAACAAUAUACAACAAAUUAUUCAUCACAAGAAUAUAGUCAAGAAGGUUAUGACCAACAAGUGCAUGCUCAAAACCCGAAUUCUGAAGGUGAUAUGAAUAAGGUACAAGAGGGCUUAGAACAAUUUCAAUUUGAAGAGCAGCACGAAUAUGAAACUGUGCAGAAUAUUGAGCAACAACUUGAUGCUGAGCAAGGGUUCAAUGAGCAAAUUAUGAUGAAUAACAUUGAAAAGCCUAUCGAAGAUUUGCAAGCCAAGGCACCAAAACCAGCGUCACCCUAAUAAUGCAAAUAGUAUGUAUUAGAUACGUAUUCUAAUAUUGUACCAAUAUGGUAGGUGACUGCGUCGUAAAAAUGUAAUUUAAAUUGAACUUUUGAUGUCUAUCUUUAUUCAUUAAUAAAUUAAAAAAUGAUAAUCUUUUUUCUUA